AUGGCUGCUGUGCAGCACCAGCUGCAGGAGCUGGAGAAGGCCCUGGCUGCUGUGCAGCACCAGCUGUGGGAGAGCGAUGAGUCCACUACAGACACUGCACCGCUGUCCCAUGUAAAGGAGCUGGAGCGCCAGCUGCAGGAGGGCAAGGAAGCGAAUAGAUUAUUGGAGCGCCAUCUGCGGAGGCGGGAGAAUGCCCUGGCUUCGGUGCAACGCCAGUUGCAGGAAUCCAAGGAAGCUAAUGAGGCAUUGGGUUGCCAACUUGAGAGGUGUGUGGAAGCCAUGGAUGCCUUGGUGCCUGUCCUGGAUGCACUCCGUAAGGAUUGUGGUGAUGUUAUCCCAAAUAGGGUUGCGCAGUUGGUGGCUGAUGCGAAGUGUGCUGUUCCCGUAGGUAGUGGCGGCAGGGUGUGCGAGUUACCUGUGGGUGAACCGGGGGGUGAGAAAGGGGCCCAACUUGGCAGCAGGUUUGUCGAAUUUGGCAGUGCUUCGUGUGGUAGAUUAUCAGAUCCCGGCGAGGCAAAGGGGCAGACAACUCCGGUGCUACGUUCCGUUGCGGGUUAUGUAGUGGCGCGGCUGCCUGUGGAGAUGGGGGAGGCUGGUGCGCUUUCGGCGAUGGUGAGCGGGAUGCUGGCGGUUGCCGUGGGGUCGUUGAUGUACAAGCGAUAUGAGCUUACUUAG